CUAAGCUACACAACAUCGAUACUUUUAAUCAUCGUUGUUAAAAUGCAGAACAACCGAUUUCUCAUCUUCGUAAUCUUUCUAAUAUUUUCUACCUCAUUCAAUUGGGGUUUACAGUUAAAAGUCAAUGACAGACGACCUGCUUCUGCUAGAGGUCUCAUUUCAUUUCCUAGGAUUGGUCGAAGUAAUUCGGAAAUGAUGAUCUUUCCUCGAUCGGAGCGUUCUUUUGGAUUAAUACUUAAGCCUCGAAACGGACGGUCAGAUCCAUCGAGGAACUUUGGUCAUUUGAAUCAAAAUCACCAUUCAAUACCCGAUAUCGACAUCAAUUUCUAUGCUCUUCCCAACCAAGAUUUUGUCACUUCUUCCGAUCACGAUUAUGAAGAGUACGUGAACGGGCCGUUAGCAUUUAAAUAUGCUGACAAAAUACAAAAGGACGCUUCUUGGUUAAUGGCUGAUCCCGUGCACAAAGAUUUUCGCUUUACGCACAGAACUGACGAUCCGGAAAUUUAUUACUCUAAUUUGCAAGAUUCUCGAAAUAUUCAAGAACAAGAAGAAUACUCUCCAAGAUUAGGCCUCGAGAAUGAACAUGGCGCUGUGAAUUAUCCCUGAUUUAUUCCGUUUGGAUCAUGGUUACUUCGUGGAACAAUGACUGAAGAGAAAGAGAAAGACAAAAAAAGUGUACAAAAACGCUGUUAAAAUCAUUCUAGAAAUCUAAUUUGAUUAUUUAAUUGCUUCUCGAGUUGCAUUAUUGAUAAACAUUAUUCUUGCAUUUUACAUACAAGUUAUA